CUGCGGCUGGGGUGUCAGGUCUCUAAACACCUUCUCUAUAGGGGGAAUAAUUGGUAAUGGCGUGUGCUCACUGACUGAUGGACUCAAAGAAGAGAAGCUCAAGAGAAGCAGAAGGAUCCAAAGAAAGAGGCCUGGUCCACAUCUGGCAGGCAGGAUCCUGUGCCAUAACACCAGAGAGAUUGCCAGGCUGGGGAGGAAAGACUAUUCUUCAGGCAGCCCUCGGAGUCAAGCAUGGAGUUCUUCUGACAGAAGAUGGUGAGGUCUACAGCUUUGGAACUCUUCCCUGGAGAACUGAACCAGCAGAGAUUUGUCCAAGUAGCCCUGUUCUGGAGAAUGCCCUGAUUGGGCAACGUGUUGUCACGGUGGCAACAGGAAGUUUCCAUAGUGGCGCGGUGACGGAGAGUGGCGUGGUGUACAUGUGGGGGGAGAACUCUGCAGGCCAGUGUGCAGUAGCCAACCAGCAGUAUGUUCCAGAACCCAGUCCUGUCAGCAUUUCGGAUUCUGAGAGCAGCCCUCUGUUAGCAGUCCGGAUCUUGCAGCUGGCGUGUGGCGAGGAACACACUCUGGCAUUGUCCCUAAGCCGGGAGAUUUGGGCAUGGGGUACUGGUUGUCAGUUGGGUCUCAUUACUACCACUUUCCCAGUGACAAAACCUCAAAAGGUAGAACAUCUUGCUGGGAGAGUCGUGUUACAAGUGGCCUGUGGUGCAUUCCACAGUUUAGCCCUGGUACAAUGCCUCCCUUCCCAGGAUCUGAAACCUGUCCCAGAAAGAUGCAACCAGUGCAGCCAGCUCCUCAUCACUAUGACGGACAAAGAAGACCAUGUGAUUAUAUCAGACAGUCAUUGUUGUCCAUUAGGUGUGACUUUGUCAGAAUCCCAGGCCGAACACCAGGCCGGCACUGCUGUCAGUCCUGGCACCAACACCUUCGAUGGUGCGGGAGAAGUGUUCGAGACCACUCGAGUUGAAAAUGAGCAGCCAGUUGCUCCUGAGGGGAAUGUUGAAAAAGUCGAGACCAUGUGUCCUGGUGCUGCCAUCUCCUCCCAACAAGACAUCGUGGGCCAAACUGAAGUUCCUUCUCUCCGAGAUACACCCCUAAACCCCAUCACUCAGGCAGUAAAUGAAAAUGUGCAGCAACUGUCCACUCACUCAGUGAAAGAGAACUCAGAGGACCAUGAAAAGCCAAUGCCAUCUCAGCCCCUGGUAGAAGAAGCCGUUCCUAGUCUUCAGAGCCCACCAACCACGAGCACCUCAGCUCUGAACAGCCUUGUGGUCUCUUGUGCAUCUGCUGUGGGUGUGAGAGUGGCCGCUACGUAUGAAGCCGGGGCCUUGUCUCUUAAGAAAGUGAUGAGCUUCUACAGUACAGCCCCUGGUGAACCAGGUGCUCAGGCAGGCAGUAGUUCCAUAGGCCCAGAAGGUCUGAAAGAAAGCAGAGAAGAACAGGUGAAACAGGAGUCCAUGCAAGGGAAAAAAAGUUCAAGUCUUGUGGACAUCAGAGAAGAAGAGUCAGAGGGAGGUUGCCGAAGACUCUCCCUCCCUGGAUUGUUGUCACAGGUUUCCCCCAGGCUCUUAAGAAAAGCUGCACGGGUGAAAACCCGGACUGUGGUGCUGACCCCCACAUACAGUGGGGAAGCAGAUGCACUCCUGCCUUCUCUGAGAACAGAGGUGUGGACCUGGGGAAAAGGGAAGGAAGGACAAUUGGGUCACGGCGAUGUUCUGCCCAGGCUUCAGCCACUCUGCGUUAAAUGUCUGGAUGGCAAAGAAGUAAUCUAUCUAGAAGCAGGUGGUUACCAUUCUCUUGCACUUACUGCAAAAUCCCAGGUUUACUCGUGGGGCAGCAAUACCUUUGGUCAACUUGGGCACUCUGAUUGUCCCACAACAGUUCCUCGUCUAUCAAAGGUAAACAGUGAAAACGGAGUGUGGAAUAUAGCUGCCGGCCAGGAUUAUUCUCUGUUCCUAGUGGAUACUGAAGACUUCCAGCCUGGCUUACAUUACAGCGGCCGGCAGGACCCUACAGAAAGUGACCAUCCAGAGAAGCCCAGUGGUACUAAGACUCCAGUACUUCUCUCCUGUAGCAAGCUGGGAUAUAUAAGCAGAGUGACAGCAGGAAAAGACAAAUUUAUAGCUUUGGCAGACAAAAAUAUUAUGGGCUAUAUUGCCAGUCUUCAUGAGUUAGCUACUACAGAAAGACGGUUCUAUUCAAAACUAAGUGAUAUCAAAUCUCAGAUUCUCAGGCCUCUUCUCAGUUUAGAAAAUUUGGGCACUGCAAGUACAGUCCAACUGUUGCAGGAGGUGGCAAGCCGAUUCAGCAAGCUGUGUUACCUAAUCGGUCAGCACGGAGUCUCACUGAGCAACUUCCUGCAUGGGCCUAAGGAAGCCAGGAAUUUGGUCAUUCUGAAGCAUGCAAGUCUCUUCUUGGAUAGUUAUACAGAGUACUCCACAUCUAUUACUAAUUUCCUGGUUAUGGGAGGAUUCCAGCUUCUUGCUAAGUCUGCCAUUGAUUUCCUAAAUAAAAACCAGACGCUGUUGCAAGAUUUAUCAGAAGUGAAUGAUGAUAACACCCAGUUGAUUGAAAUACUAAAUACUUUGUUUUUCUUGCCAAUCAAACGACUUCACAAUUAUGCAAAAGUUUUGUUAAAACUUGCUACUUGUUUUGAAGUGACAUCUCCAGAAUACCAGAAACUUCAGGAUUCCAGUUCUUGUUAUGAGUCUCUUGCAGUCCAUCUUGGCAGGAAAAGGAAAGAGGCCGAAUACACAUUGGGCUUCUGGAAGACCUUUCCUGGAAAAAUGACGGAUUCCUUGAGGAGGCCAGAGCGCCGCCUGCUGUGUGAGAGCAGUAACCGAGCCCUGUCUCUGCAGCACGCUGGGAGAUUUUCAGUGAAUUGGUUCAUUCUUUUUAAUGAUGCACUUGUCCAUGCACAGUUCUCUACACACCAUGUUUUCCCUUUGGCCACACUAUGGGCAGAACCUCUUUCUGAAGAAACUGGUAGUGUGAAUGGCUUAAAAAUAACUACACCUGAGGAGCAGUUCACUCUCAUUUCAUCAACACCCCAGGAAAAGACUAAGUGGCUACGGGCUAUUUGCCAAGCUGUGGAUCAGGCAUUGAGGGGCACAUCUGAUCUUCCACCGUAUGGAAGUAGCAGCAGUAUUCAGCGGCAGGAACCACCCAUAUCUCGCAGUGCCAAAUACACUUUCUACAAGGAUCCUCGCCUGAAGGAUGCAACCUAUGAUGGGCGCUGGCUUUCAGGAAAGCCUCAUGGCAGAGGGAUUUUGAAGUGGCCAGAUGGGAAGAUGUAUUCUGGCAUGUUCAGGAAUGGCUUGGAAGAUGGGUAUGGAGAGUACAAAAUCCCAAACAAAGCACUGAACAAAGAAGACCAUUAUGUGGGUCAUUGGAAAGAAGGAAAAAUGUGUGGUCAGGGAACCUAUAGUUAUGCAUCUGGUGAAGUGUUUGAAGGCUGUUUUCAAGAUAACAUGCGUCAUGGUCAUGGUCUUCUGCGAAGUGGAAAAUUGACUUCCUCUUCUCCCAGUAUGUUCAUUGGCCAGUGGGUGAUGGAUAAGAAAGCAGGAUAUGGUGUCUUUGAUGAUAUCACUAGAGGGGAGAAAUAUAUGGGAAUGUGGCAAGAUGAUGUAUGUCAAGGGAAUGGUGUUGUAGUUACCCAGUUUGGAUUAUACUAUGAAGGAAACUUUCACCUUAAUAAAAUGAUGGGAAACGGAGUGUUACUUUCUGAAGAUGAUACUAUCUAUGAGGGAGAAUUUUCAGAUGACUGGACUCUAAGUGGAAAGGGAACACUGACUAUGCCAAAUGGAGAUUACAUUGAAGGUUACUUCAGUGGAGAGUGGGGAUCUGGAAUAAAAAUCACUGGAAGCUACUUCAAGCCCAGUCUAUAUGAGAGUGAUAAAGACAAACCCAAAGUUUUCAGGAAAUUAGGAAAUUUGGCAGUGCCUGCUGAUGAGAAGUGGAAAGCUGUGUUUGAUGAAUGUUGGCGUCAGUUGGGCUGUGACGUCCCUGGCCAGGGGGAAGCUUGGAAAGCCUGGGAAAACAUUGCUGUGGCCCUAACCACCAGUCGGCGCCAGCACCGGGCCAGUCCAGAGAUAUUAAGUCGUUCACAGACUCAAACCCUGGAGAGUUUAGAAUUCAUUCCUCAGCAUGUUGGUGCUUUCUCUGUGGAGAAAUAUGAUGACAUCAAGAAAUAUUUAAUAAAGGCCUGUGAUACGCCUCUGCACCCUCUGGGCAGGCUCAUGGAGACACUGGUUGCCGUGUAUAGGAUGACAUAUGUGGGUGUGGGAGCCAACCGCAGGCUCUUACAAGAGGCUGUGAAGGAGAUUAAGUCAUACCUUAAGCGAAUUUUCCAGUUGGUGAGGUUUUUAUUUCCUGAACUUCCUGAAGAGGGCAGCACAAUUCCUCUCUCUGCUCCUCUACCGACUGAAAGGAAAUCCUUCUGUACGGGGAAGUCAGAUUCCAGAUCCGAAUCGCCAGAGCCAGGUUACGUGGUAACAAGUUCUGGGUUAUUGCUUCCUGUGUUACUACCUCGGCUCUACCCACCACUGUUUAUGCUUUAUGCCCUGGAUAAUGAUCGUGAAGAAGAUAUUUACUGGGAAUGUGUUCUGCGACUAAAUAAGCAGCCUGAUCUUGCUCUUCUGGGCUUUCUUGGGGUACAGAGGAAAUUUUGGCCGGUAACCUUGUCAAUUCUUGGAGAGAGUAAAAAGGUUUUGCCAACCACAAAAGAUGCUUGUUUUGCCUCAGCUGUAGAAUGUCUGCAGCAAAUCAGCACAACAUUUACCCCGUCAGACAAACUUAAAGUCAUCCAGCAGACUUUUGAAGAGAUCUCUCAGAGUGUUCUGGCAUCACUUCAGGAAGAUUUCUUAUGGUCCAUGGAUGACUUGUUUCCUGUUUUCUUAUAUGUGGUGCUACGGGCCAGGAUUAGGAACUUGGGCUCUGAAGUACACCUGAUUGAGGAUCUGAUGGACCCCUAUCUUCAACAUGGAGAGCAGGGCAUAAUGUUUACUACCUUGAAGGCGUGUUACUACCAGAUCCAGCGUGAGAAGCUUAAUUAGGCUGCAUUACAGGUUGACAACCAGAUUAUCUGUUCUUUUGGGGGUUAAAGUUACUGUACCAUCUGGUGUCUUCCUGUCGUGAUAGUGAAAUUAGAACAUUUUAUUUUGGCAAUUACUUCUGAGCCUUACCAAUGAGCCCUGAGCCCAGAAAAAAGGACUGUAUAAUUAAAGGGAGACUUGAUAAGGAAGUAGAAGUCAACUUGGCUGGUCUCUGGCCUAUGUUAAAUUGCAAAAAUAUCAUUCAUCCAUUGAAGAUAUUCCUUCCUACAGUAAAGAAUAUGCCAGCUACUCAAAAUUUUAAGAAAAGUUCUUGGUAUGGCUUCUCACAUGAAAGAAGUUGAUGGAUAUCUGAAUUUCUAAAUUCUGAUUUGCCUGCAGUUACCACAGAUCCCUUUGCAAGGAGCAGAUUGUACUUGAAACUACAAGCAGCCACACUACGCCUUCCUAAAUCCCUUGCAAUGAUGUGUGCAUCUUCUUUGCUGAAAGGGCAGGAGGAAGAGGAACUUUAAACUGCAGUUUUAACUUUUUCUAAGCUUUUCCACCAGGGUAUUCAUGAUGGGAGAGGUUCUAUGUAGUGACUACCACACCUUGACCCCAGACAUGGAUCACAUCAAAUAGGAGUCUUCUGCCUCCUGACCAGAAAGCGCACAAGAAUUUUAUUCUUGGGCUCCUCUCCAUGCUACAAAAGUGAUCAUUACACUGGAAUUCAAACACUGACUCAGAGCUGCUAUGGGACUUCUUCCUUCAUGUGCAAAUGCUGUUUUUCAAGCCUGUGAAUGAGUCUGAAGAGCUUUUGCAUGCAGGCUGUGUUUGGGAUUAGAUAAAGCUGAGACAUAUGGAUGUGAAGAACUGCAUCCACCCAUGACCUAGUGUUGUGAUUCUUCCCUGUACCUCGCACUGAAUCACAGAGGGGAAGAAAAGGAAAUAAGCUAUAUGGCUUUCCCCAUCCCAGAAGUAUUGUGUGACACCUCACCAUUUUAGUGUUGCUUUUUGGCUUUUUAAAAUGCCCUAUUGUAAGUGGUUGGUUUAUACUGUCCAAGUAACACUAGUAGCUGUUUUGAAUAACAUAGGUGCUCUUCUCAUCUCAUCUCCUACACCAGGGUGAGCGUAUGGAGUGUCCUUCUGAAUUAGGGUAGCUUCAGCAAAUGUUAAUCAGUUUUGAAUAAAUGGAUCAUGUUUCUGCUCUACUUUAUAAUCAGGAUAAGUGUUUAUUAAAAUACUGUUUCGGAAUGUUGGCUGUAAUGUAGCAGCAAUUUUCAUAAUAAAAGAAUAUUCAUCUUUAUGGGGUGGUUUUAUAAUUGCAAAAAUAAGGAUGCACCCGAACAUUUAAAAUAAGUACAGAUUGGAUUAUAAAAUAACAAAAUAGGAGACUAACACCCAAGAAUAGCCGAGAUAAGUACCAGGAGUUUCACUCCAUGAAUUGGAGGCCAGCCACACAUGCUAGGGGAAAAGGCAGCUCAGAUAGAAAAGGGAGCACCAAAUAAAGGGUGUUGGGAAGAUCCUCCAAGGACAAGAGAUGCAUGCUGAAAGUAGACUAUAGACCGAACAUGAUUGCCACUCAGUGCCUCUUUUGCAAACCA